GGUUAUUUACUCCUUGCUUUAAGAGUUAAGUCUCAUUCUUUCCAGCUUGGAGCCACGAACAAGGUAAGUUUUGGAUGAGUUUUAAACACCACAGGACGUCAGAACCCCCUUCCGCUUUACCUUCUCACCAAUAGCGUAAAACCAAACGAAAUAAAAAUCCCUUUGAAUUAAUUUAAGCAUUUGCUUAAUUCUUAUAAUAGAUUUCACGGCCCAACACAGAUUACUAUUUUGGCACGAUUUUGCGACGUCACAAACGAUGUGAUUUGUGAAACUACAAAAAACCUGUUUCGCUUUAUCGCUCGAGCAUUAACUGUUAAAUAUUACGUAAAUAGUAUCUUGUAAAUUUAUAGCAAAAUUCUCCAUGCUAUUUCAACAGCAUUUGUUCAUAAUUGGCUUCCAACCCGUGAACAGUAUUUUUUUAGUAUAUCAAACUUGUUUAAGAGAAAAUAUGUUUUACCGAAAUCAUCACUUUCGAUAAAUCACGAAUGUGAGGUAAAUGGAUUGCUUUUUAUUUUAAAACUCGGUACACAGUUGCGUACUUUUUUAUUUGAAAGAAUAAUAACAGCUGCGUCCUGACGCAGUAAUAGUUAGUACUACUAACUUUGAAACAACUGAUCCGUCAAAGAUUCAUUUAACAAAUUUCCUAUUGUUUCCGUGGCAUGUACUCUUACUCCACAAUAUUCGUCACCUCAUGUACAAAAUGUUGUGAACUUUACGAGACCGUAUAUACCACGGAAAAUUAUGGGAUAUAUAUACCACGGUAUAUACCACGGAAAAUUUGUUUUCGGCUCCUGCCGUGCCGAAUCUAAUUAUUUGGAUUCGGUACAUGAACAAGUUCAACUAACCACCAGUCGUGCUUUUAGUACGACUUUUAGUACUACUAACUACAGUGUCGUAUUAUCCAUGAGUUGUAUUCAAUGCAAAUGUAUGCAAAUGAAGGGGAAACAAUCGACACGAUUCAUUUGCAUACAUUUGCAUUGAAUACGGCUCAUGCAUAAUACGACGUUUGAACUUAGCCUUACAGAUUCCAUUUGGUCAAGACUUAUAAAUGAUCUUAAUUAUUUUUAAGACCCUUGGGCGUAUCUAAUUGGUAUGCAACUAGGCGGUCUUUGUGCUUGCAAUUAUAGCAUAGAAUCAUAGCAACAGGCUGAGAGUGAUAUAAUCACUAUUUUUUGUUUAUUUUGAUGAGACUGACGAAGUUGCGGGCCAACCAAAGCACUGAGCAUUUGUUGGCCACAUAACCUCCAUAAACCGUCACCGAAGGAUCCAGGUGAAGAUGGUGUGUACUGCUUUCCGGAUUGGUCUUCGAGUGCUGUUUCUAGUAUCUCUGAUAAAAGUUGCUCUACUGCUCUUCUUGUAUAACAAAUACAGUGAAAUGGGAACCAUCAAGGGUGACCAAAUACCAGAUCCCAUAAUCAACGCUAGCCUACUCCCUAUCGAAUCAGUGCUACCUGGUUAUGUAGUGGUACCAGGAGUUGAUUUACCAGGAAUUACGGCUACCAGUCCCGUAACAACGUUAGUGACAUCGCCAAAGAAUGUGACGGAUACGGCACAUCUUGCAAGGGAUUCACUUACCACAGGCUGCCCAACAAGACAGGCAUCUGGUCAAGGAUGAAGAUUUCAUUUGGUGUUCCGUCAGAGAGCAAAGAAAAGAGCUUGUACAUCAAGCGUAGCUACAUUGACCUCUAUAUCAAUGCUCUUAAAACCGACUUGACAUGCGCGGUACCGCUGACCAACCUGACUGCUGGAAACGGCGGCUGUAAACUCCCAAAACUCCAAAAGUACUAUGAGGAGAUAAUGCACCUUGUAAAGAGGCUGCCACCAAUCACCUGUGACGUCAAUCAUCUGCACACCAAACUUGAGCAUGGCGUCCUGCAAAUGAGAGAGAAUGCGACAAAAGACCCUCAAGUCACUAGCCUCCACGCGCGUCCAAUACGCCGCGGUAAAAACGACGAUACUAUCACGUACGGCCCACCAUGGCACUUUAACCUGACAGCUAAGUCUCUGCAAGUCCAAGAAGACUUCUGGGAAGUCAUAUCCAUUCUAAAGAACAAAGAAGAAAAUAAAAACUUUCAUCUCUCGGUGGUGGAGAAACCCGGGAUUGAACGGCGCAUGCUCAAUAACAACGCACCGCUGAAUAUAAUGAUGAUGACCUUAGACAGCACCUCUGCUGUUCACUUUGAGCGGAUGUUGCCUAAGACUUAUGAUUUUCUCAGUCAAGAAUUCGGGUCGUACGUGUUCAAGGGUUUCUCGGUCGUCGGCGACGGCACGGCGCCAUACAUGAGUGCUGUCUUGACAGGGAGACCCUGGGACGAGAAUACCAAGCAAUGGAGUGAACCAGAUGGUACUGUCGAUAGGUGGCCGUUUGUGUUUAAGAAGUUUGAGAAGAAAGGGUUUGUGACAAUGUUCAGUGAAGACUUUUCACAUCUCGGGGCUUUCAAUUAUUUCGCUAAUGGCUUCAAGGAGCCCCCCUCGGAUCAUUUCGGAAGGCCAUUCUGGCUUGCCACAUCUGGACUAUGUUGUGGAGGACAGCCCCAGGUCAGACUUCAGUUCAACUACCUCAAGAGCUUUAUUCAGGCUUACCCCGGGAGACGGAAGUUUGGUUACACUUUUCUAUGUGACAUCGGCCACAGAAGGGUAAAUACCCUCAGUGCAGCAGACCUAGAGUUCUUAACGUUUUUAAAAACAGCAAAAGAGGAAAAUCUAUUCAAUGAAACCUUGCUUAUUAUUAAUUCUGAUCACGGGCCACGCUUUGGAGAGAUCCGAUUUACUAAUCAGGGGAAAAUGGAAGAACGAAUGCCUUUCCUUUCUGUGUAUAUUCCUGAGUGGUUUAAGAAAAAAUUUCCCAAGCUGGCGGAAAACCUUCAAAGGAACACGAAUGUGAUUAUUUCCCCAUACGACCUCCAUGCAACAUUUCUUGACUUGAUGGACUUUCCAAGUAAUACCACUAGUAACACCUAUGGCACUAGUUUAUUAAGGAAGCUAGCCUUGAACAGGACCUGUGCAGAUGCUCAUAUUGACGAGCAGUGGUGUCCGUGCUUAACAUGGAUUCCGGUAAGCACAUCGCAUCUCCAAGUCGUAAAGGCCGCACGCAAGGCCUUAGAUCACAUUAAUGAACUUCUAGCGACGAAUCCGUCUUCGAGAAAACUAUGCCACCGGUUGGAACUAAAGAAGGUCAUCAGCGCGCAUCAAAAAAUGGCAAAUAUGAGAGUCCAAGACAAAGCUCGUGAAGAUGAGUGCAGUUAUCAAAUUCAAUUUGAGGUCCGUCCAUCAGGGGGUGUGUUUGAAGCUCUUGUCAAGUUUUUCUACAGCGGUGAGAUUGAGGUACAAGGGACAAUCAGCCGAAUUAACAUGUACGGAACACAACCGGACUGUAUAUUGAAGAAAGCGCCAACCAUGAGAGGGUUUUGUUACUGCAAAUAAGAGGUAAACAAUCUAUAUAGGGAUAAAGUGGAAUUUUGCACCUUGGCAAAAACAGAGUAGCUCCGCAGACGAGCCGUGCACUUGUGCAUAACGCGCGCCAGUGUAAUAUGCAAUAAUUCGCACCCGUGUAAUAAUGCAUGUACAGCCCUUAUGUAUAAGGCACAUCCGCGCAUAAUCCGUGAGCAACGUCGCUGAACAUGUAAAACCAGAUUGAACAACAUUUUAUAACCAGGUUAAAUGGGUACUCAGUAAAAUGUGCACCCGUGUUCUAUGUAUACCCAAAUCCUAAAAGCACAUGGAGCGCAUUAAUGAUAAUAGUUUAUUUGAUCGCUUCGCAGCCAGGGACUGAACAACAUGACGGUCGCGCAUACAUCACAUUAACUAAUAUACGAGCUGCUGGGGCAAAAUUACAGAAGGGUUACAAAUACGCCUUAAAUAGGAAGAAUACAUUCACCAACAAACUUCAUUGUGACAAAUUUAUCAAAACGGUUAGUGUUAACGAUAGGCUUAUGAACACUAUUAUAUAUCUACAUACUACUAUCUAGGUAUGUGUGACACGCACCCUUGUAUAACGUGCACCCUUGUAUCAUGUGCAUCCUUGUAUAAUGUGGUCCCUUGUAUAAUACGCACCCUUGUAUAAUGUGCACCCUUGUAUAAUUUGUAUCCUUGUAUAAUGUGCACCCUUGUAUAAUGUGCAUCCUUGUAUAUGCACCCUUGUAUAAUGUGCACCCUUGUAUAAUAUGCAUCCUUGUAUAAUGUGCACCCUUGUAUAAUGCGCAUCCUUGUAUAAUGUGCACCCUUGUAUAAUGCGCACCCCUGUAUAAUGUACACCCUUGUAUAAUGUGCAACCUUGAUAAUGCGCACCCUUGUAUAAUGUGCACCCUUGUAUAAUGUGCACCCUUGUAUAAUGUGCACCCUUGUAUAAUGUGCACCCUGGUAUAAUGUGCACCCUUGUAUAAUGUGCACAUUUGUAUAAUGCGCACCCUUGUACAAUGUGCACCCUUGUAUAAUGUACACCCUUCUAUAAUGUGUACCCUUGUAUAAUGCGCACCCUUGUAUAACGCGAACCCUUGUAUAAUGUGCACCCUUGUAUAAUGUGCACCCUUGUAUAAUGCGCACCCUGAAUGUGUAUCCAUACAGUACACGAAAGACCGCGCCUAAGUGUAUAAUGCUCACGUGUGUAUUAAGCGCUCCCGUGAAAACGCGCGCUUUUCAACUUUGUUUGACGUUAGUUAAGCGGCUGGGUUCUACAAGCCUUCGUCUCAAAAACUGCCCUAAGGGCAUAAAGCAUAUUUCCAGAUUCAAUAAAUGUAAGUUCACCGUAAA